AUGCAUCUUCACUUGAAACUUCGGAAACUCCAGAAAGAACAAGAACGAUUAUCUCUCAUUCAGAGAGAUAAUCAGAUGCUACAAGAUAGAAUGGCCUGUAUCAUGCGAUCACGUGGGCGUUUGGACAAUGAAAAUCUCAACUACAAACAGAAAAGUUUAAACACAACUUAUCGCCAAAUGGAGAUGAUACGACUAGCUCAUGAAAAUCAGGCUAUUAUACAAAGAUUGAUGGCUGUUGAUCCUGAAUAUAAUCAUUUACGUAUGGAAGAUGAAUAUAGGAUCCAUGCCAGGCGUAGACAGAAUAUACAAAAAUUCCCACACUGGGCUCAAAGACAAACUCAAGUAGUUGGACAGACUCGACAUCUCGCAGGUAGAGGGCAUGGAAAACGUUUCCACGAUCAGAAAGUUUCCACAUCAAAAAAGAACACAGUAUCGUUAGAAGAAUCAUCAUACGAAAAUCAGGAAGAUAAUGAUUACAGUCAAGGAGGAUAUAGAAAUCAAAGUGUUAAUGGCUUAUAUACAAACGCCUACGUGUAUAACUACUCUACAGAUCCUCACGAAUGCCCGCCAUUCCAUCAGUAUCCCUCACACUUCCAGAUUGUCGAUAUUCAAACCGGCAACCAAUACGUGGUGCCUGAAAACCAGCAUUCAACCACUGCACAAUUAGGCUACGACAGUGCAAGUUCUCACGAAAGAAGCCAUUUUGAAAAAAAUGCCACUAGUAAAAUAAAGUCAGUCUCUCAUUCUGGUUCAUUAAAUCACUUUAAAAAUCACUUGAUUUCUGAUUCAAGCAGACAAACUUACUUUGAAAAUAUGAAAAGAUGCUACAGCUAUGAGAUACAAAAUGCUCAAUGUGAUAUCGAGAGCGAGAAACAGAAACAAGUAAUAGAAUAUGUUAAUUAUUAUACAGAGAACCCUGAUAACGGCAAAACAAAGUCAGCUGCCAUUUCUCAUCCAAACUCAUCUUCAUCAAGUAACUACCCGAGUCUGAAAGCCGUUAAUCAGCAGAAAAUCUCUGAAAACAUGGAGAGAAGCUACAGCAGAGAGACACAUGGAAAAAAGCGAGAGGAUAGUGAAUCAACUAAUUAUUUCAAACAAGAGCAACAACAAAUUCUAAAACAGCUCCGAGAAAGCGACUAUCGUCAUGAAAUGCAAAUAAAUUAUGGAAUGACACAUAAGCAAGAAGCCGGAGAUUCAGGGCCUAUAGAUAAUUCCACUAGCUCAGUAGACGAGUCUGGGAACGAAGGUGAUUCGGAAACAUCUCGAGAAUCUCUAGACAAUAUUGUUAUAAGGACUGGUCCUUUACAAACUAGUACACCGCAGAGAUCACAGCCUUCUGAGACACAUGGAAGUCAGGAUUCGUCGAAAGUUUCAAGCAGUGAUCAUAUAAAUGAAGGAAAACCGCAAGAAAAUAGUCUGAAUAUAGCUGACUCGAAAGAAGCUAGUAUACUCACCAGACAUCCUAAUACUUCUGAAGGAGUAUUUCAGGGAAAAGCACACUCUUAUGAUAAGCUGAUAACUGGUGAUCAUGAACAAACCACUCUUAAUUCUGUGUUUCGAACACUGUCAGUCGACGAUCGUCGGAUAAAUAAGUUAGAAGAGUCUCAAAUGCAAUCCAAGAGUUCAUUAUUAAAAAAUCUUUAUAAUGAAAAGGGGAAACCAAACAAAAAUCGAACAGACCACUCUCAAGAAGAAUCGGUUCCGAUUACUGAACAGUUUACUGGCGUAGCUACAGUACAACAAUUGCAUUCUCAAGUUAUGUUUGCCAAAGAAUAUUAUAUAAACGAAAAGAAAAGGUCUCAGGGGAAAAUAAAUGACAACACUGAGAAGAAACUAUCAGUAUCUAAAGACGAAGAUACUACAAUUAUCCUGCCAGAAAAGUUGAAAGAUCAAGAAAUUCUUUCAUCUGACACAGAUAAUAAGGUACAGUGUACAAAGUUUUAUAAAGAUAUUAUCAUUGAAUCUGAGCAGCGACUACUUUCAGAACAUGAACAGGACUUUGACCCUAAGAGAAGAUCGGAAAUUGAAUAUAGGUCACAAGAAAGUAACAAAGUAAGCAAUAAACCAAUUGAUGGAUCUCAAGAGAUUGUGAUCUAUUCAGAAAGAAAAAAAACAACAGAACAGGAACAGAAGUCUGAACACUGCGAAACAGCAGUUUCAGAUGAAACAAACGCAAAAGAGUUGUUAAACAACCAAAAGGUUUCAUUAAACAGAGAACUAAUAGAAGAAUCUGCGGAUGACAUAACCAACAAUUUUGGACAACAAAAUUUAUCACAUCAACCAUUACGAACGGCUGAGACAACUAAGAAGAAAGAUACAAUCUUUAUUAAGUCAGCUGAGAGGUUCCAGGAAGAAUUGAACAAUUACUUUGAACAUAAAUUCUUAUCAGGCCAAAAUCAAGAUAAUGAUGAUUCCGAAAUACCAUUAGUUGAAGUUAGACAUGAAUCCCAAAAGAAUUCCCAAACAGAAUAUAAAUCAAUGGUACAAAAUCAGGCAGGUCCAUCCAAAACAGAUCUAGUAAACCAGUUUAUACGAGAAGAGGCAGGUCGAUCAACAGCGGAAAUAAGCAUAUAUCUUGAACAGCAAAGGUUGGGAAAACAAAAUCAGGACAUUGGGAGUAUAAGAACACCUUUAACUGAAUAUAAUUCUGAAUCUCGAGAUAUUCUACUCAUGGAAAAUGAUGCAUACAACAAAGAAGUUUUUCAUACGUUACAGUAUAAUGAAAGUUUUGCUUCUUCUGGUCAAAAUCAAAACUAUAACUAUACUGAGAUAUUAACAUUGAAUAAUCUAAGCAUUAAAGAAGCGUCACUCAGUCAAGAAGAACACGAUAAAAAGCUUCACGAAAACAUAGUAGCUUCUAAUGAGCAAAGGACACCAAUUCAACAAAAUCUGGAGUCAAAGAAAAAACUAGAGAUAAAUGACAGAUCUCGGAAAGAACCUGUAUUUUAUUCUAAAACGAAAACUCCAUCCAACCUAAACAAGAGUUUUGAGAAUGAAGGAAGUUUGCUUUUAAAUAACGAACCUUACAUUCGACAUUUUUUACUGACAAGAGAGGAAAUUGAUGAAGAAGGACAGUCAGAAGUACAUUACGUAGAAUUAUGUGUUGAACCUGAGAAUUCCUUACUGUUAAGGGAUGAUCAAUGUAUUGAAAAAGAAACGUUGACAGAUGAUGACGUAUUAGAAAACCAUGAUAAAGACGACAAAGAGAGGAAUAAAAUCCAAGAAGAGCUCGUAAUCGGAUCUGAAAAGAACCACGAAAUACUUUCAGCAAAUAAAUCAGAGACUGAGAAGGAAUCAAUGUCAGGAGUGUUUGACAAAGACUCCACCAAUCAGGAACCUAAAACUAUAAGUGAUACAAAUAUUCUUUGGGAUAUUUCAAACACAACUAACCAAGAAACAAAAGAGGAAGGAAAUGAACUUAUUACAGAAUUGGCAAAAAAAUAUUCUGGGCUUAAAGAAAAGUACAAUCCUAAUACAACGCAGUUAAUAGAUAUUCGUACAGAGGAACCUGGGGAAGGUGCUCCUAUAAAGAAAAAUAAUAUUAUUGAGGAAAAGUAUGCAGAACAAUCCAACGAAUUGUUAAAUGAAAAUAGCGAAAAUAUACUGGAGGAAAGGAAUGAGGAUGGUGCAAGCGUUACACAAGUCGACCACAACAAGGAAGAAAAACUGGGGUCGCUUAGAGAGUCUAAAAGUGGACCACAAUACGAAAGUAACGUGCGGAAACAGUGGUCAGAGUAUUUUUCACAAAAUCUAAAUAACUUACUAAAUGAGUCUGGAACGAAAAAUAAUGAAUCUUGCCAGGGGACAUUUGAAUAUAAAACAGCGUCAGAAGAGAGGGGAAGUGGCUUUUAUAAGACUAAUGAAGAGGAUAGUGUUGGUACCGUUGAUAAUGCAAUAGAAAGUUUGGAUUUUGGUUCACAGAGUGGUGAUAAUAAUGAAUUUUUGCAAACAGAUGCCGCUGUCGCACACCAAAGUGUUAGAGUGAAUGUUACCACACAAGAUCGUAAAUGUAACGCUUCAAAAUGUGAAGUUGGAACAAAAUAUAGAUCAACAAACCGUGAGCACCAGUCAAAUGAAAAUGCAUCCAUCAUCGAAGAGUAUGCUGAUACAACUACUGAUGAUCAAGUCUAA